UUAAAGGACCAUGAGUGUAAGUUUGAGGCAUAUUCUCACAGUCCGAUGCUUUGCGUCUCUUAUUUAAGAGCUCCGCCAUCGUGAUGAACAUACAGAUGAUCAAUACCGCGAGAAAAUGGAUAGUAUCGUUCAGCUUGAACCUUUAGUAUCAUACGCCGAGGUGAAAUGAGGGUGUAAUUCGUCCAAAAUGUGACAUGGCACAAACUCAGCGGGCUCACGGUUGGACAGCCGAGGUGUCAUCGAUCUGAUCUGAUAUGAUCACUGAUAAAUAACGCGGCGAGAUGGAUCUCCUCUCUGUUUCUCCUUGACGCGCGCUUGUGGGAGGCAGGCGGAACUGAGCAGCGCGACCACCGGCCAAUGUACCGGGGGAACGGCGGCGUGACAGCGGCCCGGGAGCGGCGGCGGCGGUCUUGAGAUCCGUUCCUCGGGGUUUUACGCAGCGAGGCGCGGGGAACGAUGGGCUGCGCUCCCAGCAUCCACGUCUCGCAGAGCGGGGUGAUCUACUGCCGCGACUCGGACGAGUCCAACUCGCCGCACCAGACCACCACUAUCUCGCAGGGCACGGCGACCACCCUGCACGGCCUCUUCAUCAAGACCGACGCGGCGGAGACCAUCCCCUCCGUGAUCGCCUACCAGAGCAGGCACACACGGACCAACUCCCUCCGGGAGCGGAGAGAGAACAGCGGCGGACACACGUGUACGGAGGCCGAGACUCAGACCAGCAGCACCAGCGUCAAGGUGUCUGCAGCAGAAGAGCGUUUGGGGCCGAUGCGACUGACCCAGGAGCCCAUUCAGGUGUUACUGGUCUUCGCUAAAGAGGACAGUCAGAGCGAUGCGUUCUGGUGGGCGUGUGAGCGGGCGGGGUUCAGGUGUAACAUCGCACGAACACCUGAGUCUGCGGUGGAGUGUUUCUUGGAUAAACACCACGAGAUCGUCAUCAUUGAUGGCCGGCACUCACGGUACUUUGAGGCUGAUGCCGUCUGCCGGAUGAUUCGAGCGACCAAGCCUUCUGAACACACUGUUAUUUUAGCAGUGAUGCCGCAAAUUCCCUCAGAUCAGGAGGAACCAUCUGUCCUUCCUCUUCUCUCUGCUGGCUUCUCCAGAAGGUACCUGGAGAACAGCAGUGUGUCAGCCUGCUAUAAUGAGUUAAUCCAGUUAGAACACGGAGAGGUUCGAGCUCAGUUCAAACUGAGGGCUUGUACCUCUGUGUUUACCGCAUUAGAACAGUGUCAGGAAGCCGUGGAGAUCAGCAGUGAAGAUCAUGUCAUACAAUAUGUAAACCCAGCAUUUGAAAAGAUGAUGGGCUAUCAUAGAGGCGAACUGAUCGGUAAAGAGUUGACCGAACUGUCCAAGAGUGACAAGAACAGCGCCGACCUGCUGGACACCAUCAACACCUGCAUCAAGAAAGGAAAGGAAUGGCAGGGGAUCUGUUUCUCACGGAGGAAGUCAGGGGACAGUAUUCAGCAAUAUGUCAGAAUCACUCCUGUGAUUGGCCAGGGAGGAAAAAUCCGGCAUUUUGUGUCCGUCAAGAGGCCUUACAGUGACAACCACAGACAGGUUCAUAAGUUGAGCAAAGAAGAGAAAUGCUGUGGUGAACACUCACAAUCAGAAUGCAAUUCCUUGCGUCACAAGGACCGGAGGAAAGAGUCUGUGGACAUCAGAUCCAUCAGCUCUCACAGCAGCGAUGCUCCCAGUCUACAGAACCGCAGAUAUUCCUCUAUGGCCAGAAUCCACUCCAUGACUAUUGAGGCUCCCAUCACUAAGGUGAUAAAUAUCAUUAAUGCAGCGCAGGAGAGCAGUCCUGUGACAGUAGCGGAAGCUCUGGAUCGUGUUCUGGAGAUUCUGAGGACCACCGAACUCUACUCACCCCAACUGGCCUCAAAAGAGGACGAUCCCCAUACCAAUGACCUGGUGGGGGGGCUCAUGAGUGACGGACUCAGAAGGCUCUCUGGGAAUGAGUAUGUCUUCUCCAAAAGUGCAUUACACAAUAUGAGUCAGAGUCAGCUGGCAGUGCCUGUCCCGUUAAACGACAUCCCGUCCUCCAUCGCAGAGCUUCUCAACGAGGAGGAAUGCUGGGAAUUCAAUAUCCUGGAGCUGGAAGCAGCUACCCACAAGAGGCCGCUCUCAUACCUGGGGCUGAAGAUCUUCUCUGCUUUUGGCGUGUGCGAGUUCCUGAACUGCACAGAGGCCACGGUGCGCUCGUGGCUGCAGGUGAUCGAGGCUAAUUACCACGCAUCCAACUCCUACCACAACUCAACACACGCCGCAGAUGUCCUGCAUGCCACAGCCUACUUCCUGCGCAAGGACAGAGUCAAGGGCAGUCUUGACCAGCUGGAUGAAGUAGCAGCACUGUUGGCAGCAACGGUCCAUGACGUUGAUCACCCGGGCCGCACCAACUCAUUCCUGUGCAAUGCAGGCAGUGAGCUGGCCAUUCUGUACAACGACACAGCUGUCCUGGAGAGUCACCACGCUGCUCUAGCGUUCCAGCUUACUGUACGAGACAGCAAGUGCAACAUCUUCAAAAACAUGGAAAGGACUCAGUUUCGAACCCUACGGCAGGCCAUAAUAGACAUGGUGCUGGCGACAGAAAUGACACGACACUUUGAACACGUCAAUAAGUUCGUAAACAGCAUCAACAAACCCAUGAGUGCCAUUGAGGAGACGAGCUCCAAUAGUGAAGGCAGUGAUUGUGAGGGUCAGGCCAGUAUUCGCAACUCUCCUGAGAAUCGUCUGUUAAUUAAACGGAUGCUGAUUAAAUGUGCCGAUGUGGCCAAUCCCUGCAGACCUCUGGAGCUCUGCAUUGAAUGGGCUGGUCGCAUUUCAGAGGAGUACUUUGCUCAGACUGACGAGGAGAAAAGACAAGGUUUGCCGGUUGUCAUGCCAGUGUUUGACCGGAAUACCUGCAGCAUUCCUAAAUCCCAGAUCUCAUUUAUCGACUAUUUCAUCAUGGACAUGUUUGAUGCCUGGGAUGCCUUUGCCAGUUUGCCAGGUCUUAUGGAGCAUUUGGCGGAGAACUACAAAUACUGGAAGAACUUGGAUGAGAUGAAAUGUAAAAGCUUACGGCCUCCGCCUCCUCCAUGACCUUAAUGACUCUCUUACCUUUGAGGUCAAAGGUCAGAGGUUACACCGUGAAUGUAGCAUCUCUACCCAGCCUCCCAAGUUUCCGUCCACUGAACAUAGAUCAGCAGCCCUGUUUCCCUGACGACACUCCACCCCUAGCGACAAUCGCCCGGUAACAAGGGUAAAACAGACAAAUGACAAAACGAAUGCACUUUAUCAGCAUACAGUCCUCUUCCAGCAUCUUUUCACUUUCUUCUCUACUCUUUUAAAAUCCAUCUGCUCUCCCAGCUGUUUUUAAUGAUUUCUGGACAGUGAUUUUUUUUGUAAUGUCUGACACAAGAAGACAAAGACUGAUCUUAGUCAAGUAGAGGACUGUAUAUACUAUAUGCGCUCAAAUAUGGAACUGAAACAUGAAUGAUCAGAGAGGUCUGUGUCUGUACGUGUGCACACGUAACAUUAACAGACAUGUGGAAUCACAGAUCCAAAUGCCAAAAGGGCUUCAUUUGGAAGCAGAGUGUCAGUGAGACUGAGCUAAUUAGGAAACCAAAAAGGACCCAGUAGCAAGCCCUGAGGCACGCCACAUUUUCCCCACUAUUGAUUUUGUUAAAAUUCAACACGGAUGGAAUAUUUUGACACAAUAUUGUUGACAGAAGCAAAUGUCAAGUUGCCAAAACGGAAGAAAUGAAGACACGUUUGUAUUCGGAUGAUGAAUCGGUAUUGACCAGCACUGAAUGCGAUUCAGUGUGCGAGAAUGUAAAAACUGUGACGGAUCAGCCCAUUGUGGGCCGUCAUUAUUCCGGCACUUUCUGUAUCAGAACGACUCAAGCCUUUCUCAGACUCCAAGGACUGGUGUGUAAUAAUCAAUAAUUUUGAUAUAAAUAGCCAAUAAUAACAAAGAAUAUAUUUCUCAGAAACACUAUAUAUCCAGACACAUACUGUAAUAACGUGAAGCUUGAUGAUGCAUGUGUGAGCAAAAGAGCGAGUGUGUUUGUUACGAUGUGCUUAGUGAAGAAUGUAUUAGCAUAAUUUUUACGUUUUACACGACAGUUAACAUUCCUACUUCACGCAACAGUCCGUAUGGAUGCAACAUUCCCUAAUCUUCAGAGUUAUACUGUGUGUAAAACUAAAGUCCAGCACAGCCUCAUUAUGAGACCACCAACACGGUGACGUUUGCUCAUGCUGAUAGGUGGGAUCGCACAUAUUUUAAGUGUUACACCAUUUUGAAGUAUUAUUUAUUUACAAAUAAGCUUGGCUGUAUAUCACUGUUAUAAUCUUUUGCCAUAGACACGCAUCGCCGACGAGCUUCAAACGCUCACCUUUUGUAGGCCAAAAACCAGCACCAAAGGUGCGUUUAUAAUCAAACAUGAUUAUGAGUUUUAAACAGAUGUUUGGCUAAAGCCGUUUCGACUGGAAAAAGAACUAGUUUAGAUUUCUUGAAAUCUGUCACACGAGACUUUUUUUUAAAAAAACCAAAUGUUUUUAUUAAAGUAGCUGUUGGUGUCAUUUGUUAUUUGCGCACCUCAUUUUUACCGGGUUACAUUUGGACACGUAGCUGAAUUGCAUUGGCUCACAGACAGGCUCAGUUGGAAUUUAUUAAAUGUUUAUAUUCAGUCGACGUUCUGCCUUUUACUCUUUGUGCGUUGUCGGAAAGGAGCUCUUGAAGACUUCAUCUUCACAGCAAGUGAUCUAGAACACCAGCACGACACCACAGAGAGUUCUAGCACGUUCUGCACGGAGUGUGUUUUAAAUGCGAUGACAUCAUAAUGACAAACCGUUCUGGCAAGCAUCACAAAGGCAGACGAUUCCACAAAGCCCUUGUAAGAUGGCAGCGGUCGUUUUUGUUGUUCUUGGGUUAGCAGUGCAUCACAGCGAGUGUUUUUAGGUGCUCCAGACAGCAUUGUGCGGUUAAAGGUAUGCGGUGCACAUUCAGCAGCUCGCAGGGUUUUGAUUUUUCCUCUUUCCUGUUCUCUCAUCCUUCCUGAUUCUAUCUGUUUCCCUCCCUUUUUUCUUUUUUCUUCUUUAAUGUAGUCACAAGGAUAGAACUGUGGUUUGGGUAGCCUGUAUAUGUAAUGUAUUAUAUAAAGCAUUCUUAAUGCAUUGUAAAGUUAGGAUCAGUGGGUAUCAGUUAAUAUUAAGAUUUUAAAAUCAUCAGUAUUGGUCUAAAUCAGACAAUAUCUGUUGCAAAUAAUAUCAGGGAUUUUUUUUUUCUAAUUUAAAAAAAAUAAAAAGUGUGUGUAUGUGUGUGUGUGUAUAUAUAUAUAUAUAUAUAUAUAUAUAUAUAUAUAUAUAUAUAUAUAUAAAUAUUCCAGUGUAACCAUUACGGUUUAACACAUGGAACUGGUUUAUGAUUAAGGCAUUAUAUAUAUUUUAAGGUCUAACUAAUUAAAUAAGCACUGUAUUGUAUUGCAAAUAUGGCUAUGUUUAAGCAUAAAUACAUAAAAAUGAUUUAUUAUACACAUGCAUUAAGAAUUACUUUAUAAUAUACUAUAUAUAUGCAUGCUUAAUUGAAGUUAUACUGGUUCUUUAUGACCCAUUUUUGCAAUUUAUUUGGAUCUCUACAGAAAUGAAUGCUGCAGUAGAAAUUAUGUCAGAUGCUCUUGUCACCCUCUAGUGGUAAAUCUAGAGAUCCACACACAUUAUUGAACUCAAUUGAUGCUGUUACAUAGUUGUUUUACAUAACUAUGAAAUAAGGAGUAUCAAAGAGCUUGUGUUUGUUUGUUUCUUAGGAGAAAUUUUGUUAUUUUUUAUAGCAGUAUAAUCAUGUUACAUAAAGUAUUCCGUAAUACAGAAAAGUGCAACAAACAGCUCCUCAUAACACUACCAGUCAAACGCUUGGACACACUUGACUGAAUGACUGGAGUAAUGCCUGCUGAAAAUUAGCUUUUCAAUCAAAGAAAUAAAUUACAUUUUAAAUUAUGUUCAAAUAGAAAAUAGUUAUUUUAAAUAUUAAUAAUACUUAACAAUUGUACUGUUUUUAUUCUAUUUUUAUCAAAUAAAUGCAGCCUUGCUGAGCACUUUAAAAAUAUUUUUAAAAAUCUUUAAAAAAAAUCUGAACGGUUUAUAAAUAGUGUAUUUAUACAUUUCUUUACAAACAGAACAUUUUUAAGUUGAUUUGAUUUAUUUUACGCAUAUAUUACGUUAAAAAGUUUUAAUGACUGCUGUCAUUCUAAAAUAUGAAAAAUAGUCAUAAUAAAGAAUAAGUAGGUGUGUCCAAACGUUUGACUGGUAGAAAACACAAAUGUGCCCUUUAUGAAGAGGAUGUGCUCUCAUUUAACACUCAUUUUAGUGGUUCGCUGUACACCACUGCCAGUUUUGACAUCCUGUAGAGCAAAAUCAAAUGAAUUUCCAUUCUACAUUCUAGUCCAUCGCACAUCUGUAUUGAUUGAACAAAGGCAUAGUAACCUGUAACGCACAAUGAACAAACGCCAGUGCAGAUUUGACUCCUCUCAGACGAGUCUGGAUUUGGUCUGAUUCUGGCUUUGGCGCCGACAGAGAUAAAGCCAUAGAGCAUUCUAGAAGUAAUCAUGGAAGUGCAGGUCAGAAGAUGAUGUAUCUAUUCCCUCUUUUCCUGUCCUCCACCCUGCUCAUCCUCUCUCUUCCUGUCUUUCUGUGUUGAAAAAGCUCCUGCAUUAUCCUGCUUCACAACCAAACAUUAUAUACUGUAUAUUGCAUUCUGACACAGGGUUUCUAGGUAAUUUAAUGUCCAAAAUGUAAUUGGGGAAAACCCUAUUUUUAAGCUCAGAUGUUUUGAUUAUGAAUUUAUAUGGACUCUUUUACAGAUAUUAAUAUAAAUGUAUAGAGUUUAGAGAGAAUAUUCAGGUUCAUGCCUUAAUCUCUAUUAUAAAACGCUCCUCGUUCACUUGUCAGCACUGAUGAUGAUUCGUCAUAAACCUGAUUUAAAGUACAGAGUGACUGUACAAUGUGACCAAGUGAUUGUUUCAUUCCAAAGGUCCGUUGUAAUAUUAACAUGAUGGUUAGUAGUUGUUCUGGUGUUUGUUGGUUAAUUUGGUUACUGGUGGUUUUGUUUGUUGUUGAAUGUUUAGUGAUGAUGAUGUUUAAAAAAACAGUCUGGCUUCAAUACGUUUCAUCAACAGUAUUUGAAGGAUGAUGUUGAUUACUAUAGAAAAUCAUGUUGACUCGUCCCUCUUUUGUUUUAUUUAUUUAUUUAUUUAUUUUUUAUUAUUAUUUUAAGGUUUUCUUUUUUUUUAAAAAGCAAAUUACAGUAGUUUACUUAAAAGUUCCAGAUGACUUAAAAUCAGAAAUGUAAAGCUUAUAUUUAUAUAAAACAUGUAGGCUAUAAUGAGUAACUAAUGCCCCAUUCGCACCAAGAACGAUAACUAUAAAGGCCAGCGAACCAUAUCGUCUGUUUAUUCUAAGCGCACGCGCUUCUGCCGCUUUAAAUUCUCGAGCUCGUUAUAGCAGGAUGGAUUCUGAUUGGAUGUCAGUGUUUGUAUCCUUCAUCAGCUGGAAAAAAAUCGUUCUGAAAGUGAUUCCAACGAUAUUCUCUGUGCCUUUAUCGUUAUAGUUGUGGUGUGGACUCUGCUGUUUAAUAUUGAGAACGAUUUUUAGAACUAUAUCUUUAUCGUUAUCUUUAUAGUUAUCGUGCUUGGUGUGAACUUGUCUUAAAGCAUAACGAAUUAGCACUCACAUAAUAUCAAUAUAUAUUAAUGUCUUCAUAUCAAGGACAGUUUACACAUUUGAAUAUUUGGUUUGACAUUUAUUGUCAACUAAAAUAUUUUAAUUGACAAAUUACACUAGAAACUGACUAAAAUGAAUGAAUGACAAUGAAAUACUGACUGAAUUAAAAUAUUUUCAUCAAGAUAAAAAGCAUGAUUCAAAAUUACAUAACUAGAAGUGUCUACAUAAAAAUGAUUAAAAUAUAUAGUAUUUUGUAAUUUUAUUAAAAUAAAUUUUUUAAAAAAAGCAAAUAUUAAAAAUAUUUUAUUUUUAAAAAAGCAAAUAGUGUACCUAAAAGUUCCAGAGGGCUUAAAAUAAAUAAUGUAAAGCUCAUAUUUAUAAUAAUUUAUAAUAUUAAAAAAAUUAUAAUAUAAUUAUAGUAUUAUUAUAUCUGUAAAAGAAAAAUAUGUCUGUUUUUCAGCUGCAACUAUUUUUCUAGGUGGAUUUUCUCUUUUUUUUUUUUUUUUUUUUUGCUUCUUUUUUGUUUGUUUUUUACAGUAAUAAAAAAGAGAGACGAGUCAGAGUUAUUUUUUAUUUGAAGUCAAUAUGUUGCCAUAAAUGCUGUUGAGAGCCAGAACAUUUAAUUGGAGAUGGUUAGUGUAUCUUAUAGUUUCACCCAUUAGAUUAAUUUUUUUAUUUCAGCUGCAUCUUAUUUCAGAUUUAAAUUGACUUCCUAUCUUCAGUGUAAAGGUGGCAGAAUCGCUCAGGCUCAUGGGAAGCGCUCAUGCUCCAUCCAUUAUCUGUACAUUAUUUGUUAUAAAACAACUUUUCAACUACCUAAAGUAUUAAAAAAAUCCUUUGUGUAAUAAUUCAUGUCUGAUCAGCCCAUGGUCAAAUUUGAACGUUUGUGAAUCUUUUCAAAGUGUCAUCCGUCACGAUCAAAGGGCUCCCUAUUAGCAUACCACGAUGACCUCACAAUGACAUCAUAACUGGGGGCGGGGCUUGAGACGAAGCCUGUUCGAUUAGCGAGUGUGAACUGAACCGUCGAGUGCAGAUUUUGUGCCAAUUACUGUAUUUUUGAAGUACGGGGAAUGAACACUAGCAUCAUCCCUCGCGCAAAUGUAUAUAAACUAUUUUUUAUUGAACAAAUACAUCACUGAAAGAAAAAGUGGUCACAUGCCAUUUAACAGGUUUGUUUCGUCGAAGGAUUUUUUUUUAUUGUAUUGUCAAAAAAAUUGAUUCUAUGUUGCAUAAAAUGUCUGUUUGCUUUGUUUACUUCUGUUUGAUUCUGUCUCUUGCAUCUGCUGUUGUUUGGAGACGCCACUCCAACUCUGAAACCCUUGUGUUUGUGAGACACAAAAAAAAAAUAAACAUUUGCAAUAAAGUGGUUUUGAUUGAAUUUA